AUGGACGUCAUUGAGGGGAAUUUGAACGAUGUCACAUUGGCUUUGGUUACGAAUGUAGAUUACUCCAGAAACACAAAAAAAUCACUUUUCGUGCCCAAUAUCGUUGUAUCAUUUGUUGGCAAGCUUGUUAUGCCAAAGACUACCAUUCGUUUAAAUUUGCCACACAGACCAGCAGGUGCUGAUGUUUGCAUUAUUGUAAAGGAUAUUAAAAAGACAGACUAUAACGCAAGUAGUAAUAUAUGGAAGCAGAAGUGGCGAAGAGAUGCAGCGAAGUCGUCGACCACGCUCCCUUCCGUUACAUUCUUGCCAAUAAGCGAAUUAAAGUUGUGUUAUCAGUCGUAUGAAUCUCGAAGAAAGCUAGCAGCAACGUUCGACGUCUUUCUUGCUGACAGGAGGAUUGUUCAUCAUCUUCCUACAAACUUGGGGAAGGCCUUUUACAGUCAUGCCGCCGGUAAAAUACCCGUCCCUGUUUCACUUGGACAAAAGAAUCUGGUGGAUGAAGUAAACAAGGGGCUCCAAACGUGCUUGGUGUUUUUUAGUGGCAAGGGCACUACAGAGUCUGUUGUUAUUGGUAAUACUGGCAUGCCGAAGGAACAUAUCCGCGAGAACAUAGUCGCAGCUGUUCGUGGCGUCGUUGACAAAUGGCCAGGUGGUUUGAUGGCGAUUCGGUCGGUAUACGUUCGUGGGGUUGGACCCAGUGUACCCAUAUAUUUUGACAAUAAUGAUGUAACUAUGAAAGAGGCCGAAAAAAAUUUGUCCGAGCUCAACAAUGCAAAGAAAACGCAUCAUGACUUGGAAGAUAUGACCAUUGCGGAAAGCGACAGUCAAAAAUUCAUAGCAAUGCAAAUAAAGCGUUCGAACUCGAAGCUCCCACUUGCACCCCUCCUUGAAGUGGCAGAAAGCCUUCCUGUGACUGAAUACCACUUGAAGGAGGCAUUCAAAACUGGACCCCCUUAUCGGAAGAAAACUAUCAAGUCAGGUGGAAGUAGAUCCUCUGGCGCGUCUGGGAAUCCGCCAAAACUGAAGAAGGUCCUUUUAAAGAAACAGAAAGCCAGCAAAUAA